UGAUAGAGUUAAGUUGGUCACAUUGCACCAUCCUACUUCGUCUCGUGUGUGCGUGCCUUUCUCGUUGGAGACAUGACGAAGGGUACAUCGAGUUUUGGUAAGAGGCGUAACAAGACCCACACCCUAUGCAGGAGGUGCGGGCGGUCUUCCUACCACAUCCAAAAGUCGAAAUGCUCCCAGUGUGGAUACCCGAGCAAAAAACUGCGACACUAUAACUGGAGCGUCAAGGCUCAGAGGAGGAAGACGACCGGAACCGGUAGGAUGAGGUACUUGAAGGUGGUUAGGAGGCGCUUCAGGAAUGGUUUCAGGGAAGGCCCCCGUCCUACUAAGAAGGUUACCUCGUAGUAUGUCUUUGUUUAUUAUUUCCCUUUUAAAACAAAUAAAAAAACAGUUUUUUAAAACUAA